AUGAGCUCGCACAAUAAUAACAGCAAUACACCGUUAGCACACCAAACAGACACAUAUAUUAACCCAUUCGAAAUUGGUGGAGACUUGGAUAGCCCACAUGAGACAACUACUUUAUCCACAGCUUCCGCGUCCGGGACAGGAAGUAGAGGAGGAGGCGGUGGUAUUUCGGACCCUUUUGCCGAUCCUUUGACUUCAAAUCUAAUGCAACCUCUUGAACCUGAAUUUGUUGAUUUAUCGUCACCUAUAUCUUCCUCAAAUAAGAAUGCUCAGAGUAAUAGUAAUAAUAGUGAUUCACUACAGAACCCUUUACAACCACAAAAAAUGAGUUCAAUCAGUAAUAAUAGCACUUCAAUAAACAUUACUUCGACAACACCCGUAGUGAGUGGAAAUAUCGGGAGUACGAGUAGAAGUGGUGGGAGUGGUGGUAACACACAUAUUGGAACUGGGCGACCAUUGUUUGAUAGUAACACUUUGGAUGAACCCGUAUCAGAAACGAUUCUUCGAGAUUUGAGAAAUAUUGCAUUGAAAUUGCAACAAGUUCUUCAUCCGAAAGCAAGGAGAGAUGUACUCAAAGAUUGCAAGUGGGAUCUCUGGGGUCCACUUAUUUUGUGUUUAGCCUUGGCAAUUAUUCUGUGUAUGAAUGCGGAGGCUAACCAAGAAGUAUAUGUAUUCACCGGUGUAUUUGUGAUUGUAUGGUGCGGAGCAGCAAUUGUGACGGUGAACGCAAAAUUGCUGGGUGGAAGCGUUGAUUGUCGCGUUGAUAUUCUUGUUCGUGCAUCGUCUUCUCAUACGAUUGCCGUUAGUGAUUCUGGCGUUUCACCUGUCAAUUUCUUCUCUUCAUCACAUCUGGCAAAUAGACGUGCUCUUGCGGUGUACCCGCUGUUUCUGUUUUACUUUGUGAUUGCAUGGUUGGUCCUUAUUACACGUCAUUAA